AUGUCGAAAAGCUUGAUGGUUUUUGGGCUUACCUUGAUGGUGGUAUGUGCAUGUUUUGCACCGAUUGUUUCUGGGGAUGAACCUCCUACUAUUGGCUAUGGAGCUAUAGGAAAAGAUGGCAUUCCUGGAUGCAGUCCAAAAAAUCCCAACGCAAAGGCAUGUAACGAAGUACCUGCGAAUCCAUAUGAUAGAGGUUGUGAAAAGGAGAAUCGCUGUCGAAAUGGGAGAAAGUUAGUCGGAGAAGACACAAAAGUCGAUGUGCCCAUCAAUCUUCCUGCAGAACAAACUCCUCUGAUUUCAUCUCUGAGAGAAGAAGCAAAUGGCAUGGAUGUCAUUAGCCCAUUCUGCUCCUCCUUUCCCUUCCGGAUGGAAUCGAAGAUGUUAAUGGAGAAGAGGAAAACGAAAAAAUAUGGGUGA